AAUACAGCUUUCUCGGUAGAAGACGAUGAAAUUUCUGCGAUACAAUCAGUUCUGUUCUGACUGUGAUGUGCGAAACAUAUUUGUGAAUUUUGGAAAAUAGUUGACUAGCAGUUUGUCGAAAUGGAGCUUAAGGGCAUAGGAAUUUUCCUACUCCUCGUCACCACCGCUACAAUGGCGCAGGGAAUCGUACUGGAAUGCUACAGUAGUAGCCAAAACUGUACCUUUUCAGGAGUACGCGUUGAAGACACCGGCACCGAGGUAACAUUCCGGUCCGGUGGUUACUACUACAGCAACCGAUACCAUUUCCGUUUCGUCGACUCAGUACUACUGGAGGUUCCAAAGAGGCUAUUCGAUACAUUCACUACGGUUCAGUCGCUGGACGUGGACAACUGCGAGAUAGAUACGCUGAGCCGAUAUACUUUCGAAAAAGCGAGAGAGUUGCUUUGGUUGAAUAUGUCCAGAAACAACUUGAAUGAGCUAAACAAUUACGUGUUUGGCGGUGCAAAUGCGCUCAAUCUGUUGGAUUUGAGGGAGAACAACAUAUCGACUAUUGAAGAGAAGGCGUUCUACAAUCUGGGUCACCUGACGACGUUGCUGCUGAGUGGAAAUCGUCUGAAAGCUUUCGGAGAUGGUGUAUUUUUGCAUUUGUCUAAUUUGAAGAAACUGUAUGUUGCGAACAAUGAGUUGGAGACAUUGCAAAGUGGACUAUUUCAGAACAAUCCGCUUUUGAUUAUACUGUUUUUGCAGAGCAAUAAACUGGUGUAUCUGGACAAAGCUUUGUUCAUAGGGAUCAGUGAGAUGGAGUAUUUAUGGUUGAGAAACAACAGUCUUACCAGUUUCGAUUUCAGUGAUUUGAAAGUCAAAAGGAUAAACCUCAUGAACAACAAGCUGAAGGAAGUAAAAUUGAACCCAUCAUAUGAGAGUUUAUAUCUGAAUAACAACAGCAUUUCAGAAAUCAUUGCCGAUGAUUUCUCCGAGCUAAAGUUGAGUCGUUUAGAUUUGGCGUGGAACAAUCUUACCUCCAUGGAAGGAAUUGAAAAAAUCAGUAGUCUCGAAGUUCUGGAUUUAUCGCACAACAAAAUUGGUGCUCUCAAACUAUCCAGUUUUGCCAAUCUGAAAAAGCUUGUUGAUCUUAACUUAGAGGAAACCGCCAUCACUAAUUUGCAGCAUGGGACGUUUUCUCAAUUAACUGCCUUGAAGCGCUUGGAUAUUUCGUACAACAAGCUGAAUCGAAUCGAUUUCGAUAUCUUCACUUCAUCGAGCGAAAUGGAAGAAAUAUUCAUAGAAGGAAACCGGCUCAAGGAUGUCAACAUUGUAGAGGUUCACAAAAUAUUCCCAAAGCUCAAGAAAAUAAGCAUUGCUGAUAACAACUGGAACUGUACUUUCCUGACUCGAAUGAUUCGCAGUUUGAACGCCCAGUCUAUCACGGUUGGAGGGUUUAAGUCCGAAAAUCUGAUUGCCGAUAAAACCAACGUGAAAGGAAUCUAUUGCACUGAUAGCACCAAUCCCCUCGCCGAAUGGAACGUGACCGUCAAGCAUUUGGACAAAUAUUUGAACGCUUCCGCCCCGAUUGAAGAUUACACGGAAAUCAAACAAAUUAUGCAAAACGCAAUCGAUGACAUCAACAAGUUCACCGACCAGAGAGCGUUCAUUGCGAACAAAUCCGAUCAACUGGAAGGGGAAAUCUACGACCUGACGAAGAAGAUGAUGUCAGUUGAGAACGAAAUUUACGAGGUGAAGAAAACGAUUCUGGAGGUGAAAAUGGCCCAACUGGCAAAUGCAACCAACGAGACCCUCAUAUCCGGCGAUCUGAAGAAAAUGAUGCAGGAACUGAACGACCUCACUCUCUCCAAGUUGAAGCAAACGAAGGAAGAAAUUGAAUUCAAAAUCUACCAGCAGACGUUCAAGAAUGAAAAAUUGGAGGAAAAAAUUGCCGACACCUCAGGAAAAUUAUUAAUUAUCUCCAAACAGAUCGAUCAAGUUCGAAGCUCUUCAUUUAUGAGUCACAACUCGAUGGAACUGAAGGCAGCUUCGCCCUCGGAGCACGUGGCUUCAUCCGGAACCGGCUCCUCUCAGAUAAUGAUGGUCAUAAUUCUGGUGCUGCUGAUUGCUCUGCUCAUUCUAGUGGUGAUGGCAGCUUAUCGGAGCCAUUUGCCAUUCGGCAGAAGAAAGCGCGGAGAACGCUAUGGUACAUCAUCGAACACCCUCGCAACCAUUGUGGACGACAUUUGAAAGUAGGUGAACAAAGUACACUUAGAGAUAAGAGCGGCUGCUUUCGCAUUCGAUGGGAAAAUGUGAAUUUGAAUAAUCAGUGAGCAUAAUCUAAGUGCUGGUAUUGUAAUAAAGAGGUAUUGUAGAAAAAUAAGAAAUGUAGAUAAAUAAAAAUAAAAAAAGGGUUAGAUUAUUUUCUUUAAUUAUUACAUAGCAUUAUUAUUAUUAGGGGUACUCACUAAACAGAUUAAAUUGCUGCGUAAGCCAUGAUUUUCUGCUUAUUUGAAAUGUUUCAUGAUUUUCGAAUGAAAUAAUUAAAGAUUACCUUGGUGAUCACGACUUUUAAUCCGUUUAAUCAGUUUACGCUGUUAAGUGAAUCCCCCUAUUGUCUUUUUUUCAACCAUUGGAUGGUAUACCUCAAAGGUAUUUAUUUCAAUGGUUGAUGUUAGGGACGCUCUUUCUCGGGAAACCAAGAAACCUCUCGCUAGCCUGUUACAGCAGCUUCGAGACUGCAAAGAAUGUUUAUUUUAGAAAUAUUAUUAUACACUACAAAGAUUAUAACUUACAUUAUAGUCUGAUGGUUGAAAUUCUCGAGUCGCGAUCCUCCUAACAACUGAACUACUGCUUACAUGCUAAAUGCUCAUAUGAGCUAAGAGGAGUUCGGAACUCACCAUACACUGAAGGAAAUUACGUAGUCUUGAAUUUCCAACAGUUGAUAAACAUUCAACUUUUAAAUUCUGGUAACAAUAAAACUUAUAUUCCUGUAAUGUACACAUUAACCAAAGUAAUAAAAAAAACAAAUCCGGAAAAUUUGAUAUGCUGCAAAUGCCUUAAAUGGCGGUAAAUGUACCUCUACAGUCUGCCUUCUGAUAGCCUGAAGUUUUCGUUGCCAUGAACAACGGCAGAUGUUCCCUUGUACAGCAAAAUCACCGAUCAAAGAACAAUAACAUAUUUGUUCCAUAAGCAAUUCCUACAGGAUAUCUACUCAUAAUGCAAUAUAAAACUCCCUGAGUUUUCUAGGGGGAUCUUAAAAGUUUAGAAUUAAAAAAAAACUGAUCAAUUUUUAAAGUUUAGAUAAAUAUUUUUCAAAAAUACAUAGAGAAACAUCUUUGCACAA